UAUCCUUGCCGCCCAUUGCAUUUGGCCGUGCAACCUGCUGCAUGGAGGAGCUUCGCGAACUUGUGCGGCCUUACCGCUUGCACUUGGACUUUUUGCGCCCUGAGAAUGCGCUGCUCAGGUACCCUUGGGAGGAUGAAGCGGCGAUGCCGCCUGCCGAUCCGCCAAAACCGGCUCCAGUCAAAGGUGAGGGACUUGCUCGUGGAUUCCUUUGCAAACGCACGCGAGCCAAGCCCAAGCCGGCGGUCGCGGGCAAAUUCGAAAGCCAAGAAGGUGUCCAACUGGGACCUGCCUCCGCAGAGAUUCGAAUUCGUGGAGGAGAAGCAGAUCCAGGUUGGUGACUGGCGGGGCGUCGAGCAGUCAGGCCACGUUCAGAAGCCCAAAGCGGCAGAAGCCUGCCAUUUCUAUCGCCUCCCUGCGCUGGUACCAUCGGUGCAGAGCAUCUCCAAGUACCUGCUGCAGAACCCGGACCUCUUCUCCACUGAGCUGGAUUCGGUGGACAAGACCCCCACCUUCGAGUUCUACCCGUUUCGAGAUGGAGAAUGGAUCGAUCAGGGUAUGAGGCACCUCUUGGAGGAGAUCCUGGACCGUGUCAUGGUUUACGUCCGCCUCCGCUACGACGGCCGCUGUGCCGCCUCAGACAUCUUGGUGCGCCGGUAUUUGCCCGGGGAGCGGCGCAGCCACGGGGUGCACUUCGAUGGGCACGCGCUGGUGACGGCGGUGCUGGGCCUCACGGAUCCCGAGACCUACCAGGGCGGGCUCUACGUCCAGCCGGGCCCGGACGUCACCUCACGGACCUACUUCCGGCUGGAGCCCGGGGACCUGCUGGUCCACUCCUUUGAUCUUCAGCACGGCGUGCAUGUCUGGGAGGGUGCCCGCUACAGCAUCGUCUUCUGGAUCAAGGACUCGGCGCAGGCGGUGCGGGAUCGCAGUACGCCUUGGUAUCGCAGGCUGGAAGAGCAGGGUGAUGCAGAUGUGCUCUUCAACUUAGCGCAGAACUUUGAGCACGGCCUCUUUGGGGAACCGGUGGACCUGGCCAAGGCGCUGGAACUCUACGAGCUCUCGGCAGGCAAAGGCCACCACUUCGCCCAGAACAACCUGGGGCUCAUCUACCGGCGCUUGCACGAGAGCAGCGGGGAAGAGCAGCUGCUGCGCAAGUCGGUGCACUGGCUCAAGGCCGCUGCGGAGGCCGGCUUCGCCAUGGCACAGAAGAACCUGGCGCUGGCCUACGCCAACGGCCAGGGUCUUCGACGUGAUGAUGCCCAAGCGGUUGUCUGGAUGCGCAAAGCUGCUGAGCAACUGGAGGUGGAGGCCGCGUACAUGAUGGGGGAGAUGUAUCGUCGUGGAUGUGGGGUGUCCAGCCAAGAAGGAGUGAUGUGGUACUUGCGCAGCGCUGAGGCUGGCUUCCCCAAGGCCCAGUACACUGUGGGGAUGCUUUACCUCGAGGGCAGCGGUCUGUCGCAGGACCUGGGCAAAGCUGAGACUUGGUUGAAGCUGGCCGCCAAGCAAGGUAACCCAGAGGCCAAGAACAAUGUCGCCACCCUCCACGCGCAGAGGGGUGAGGUGGCAGAGGCAUCGCAGAUCUGGGAGGAGCUCGCGAAGAGCGGGGAGCCGAACGCACAAUGCAACCUGGGCAUGGCAUACCUUCGGGGCGCCGGGCGGCCCGAAGACCCGGACCUCGCGGCAGAGUGGCUCAGAAAGGCUGCGCAGCAGGGCCACCAGAUGGCCCUGCAAGCGCUGGCCACGCUGUGAGGCGGAGCGAACCGGCAGGAACCCGUGCGAG